AUGCUUAGGGCACCAAUAUGGCUAGCAGCGGCACUGAAGAAAGUGUUCCUGGAGACCCACAACCAGUACAGGAGGAAACAUCAAGCCCCAGAUCUGAAAAUGAGUGAGGCGCUGUGUAAAUCUGCUCAACAAUGGGCAGAUCACAUGCUCAGUACGAAUUCCCUUGGACACAGUGACACAGACAAUGGGGAAAAUGUAUUUUAUGCUUUUAGCUCCAGCCCAAAGCCGCAGACAGGUAAAGAGGCUGUAGACAGUUGGUAUAGCGAGAUUAAAGAUUACAACUUUGAAAAAUCAGGAUAUCAACCAGAGACAGGACACUUUACUCAAGUUGUGUGGAAAUCAACUACAGAUGUCGGAGUAGGAAUGGCUACUGAUGGAAACACUAUUUUUGUUGUUGGUCAAUACAGUCCUGCUGGAAACAUGACCAACGCUGGUUACUAUGAGAAAAAUGUUCUACCUGCAUGCGAAUAAUGAUUCAUUUCUUUCUUCUUGCAUUU